GUGGUAAUAUAGUCCUUCCGGAAGAAACGCAGUGUAUUUUUCUGAACAUGUGGGAAGUUUGUAUGGAUGAACAUUUCCUGUUCUAAUCGCUUAUCGUUGAAUAAAAUCACCAGCAGCUAUGGGGAAAAAGGGGAAAAACGAAAAGAAGGUGAAGGGAGCAGAGAAGACCGCUGCCAAAAUGGAGAAAAAGCUUUCCAAGAGAUCCAAACGUGAAGAGGAAGAUUUGGAGGCUCUGAUUGCUGAAUUUCAGAGCCUGGAUGCCAAAAAGACUCAGGUAGUAGAGACUGCAUGUCCUCCUCCAUCAGCAAGAUUAAGUGCAUCUCUUUCUGCUCACCCAGAGAAAGAUGAGCUCAUCCUGUUUGGUGGCGAAUUCUUUAAUGGGAAGAAGACAUACGUGUACAAUGAUCUGUUUUUCUACAACAUUAAAAAGAACAGUUGGGUUAAGUCAGAGAUCCCCAACCCUCCUCCCCCACGAUGCUCUCACCAGGCAGUGGCAGUCUCUCAAGGUGGGGGCCAGCUUUGGGUGUUUGGAGGAGAGUUUGCUUCUCCAAAUGGGGAACAAUUCUACCACUACAAGGACCUUUGGGUGUUGCACCUUGCUACACAUACCUGGGAGAAUAUCAAAGCACCUGGUGGUCCAUCAGGUCGCAGUGGCCACCGGAUGGCUCUCAGCAAAAGACAGCUUCUGGUGUUUGGAGGUUUCCAUGAAAGCACCAGAGAUUUUAUCUACUACAGUGAUAUCUAUUCGUUUUCCCUGGACACUUUUUCUUGGUCACGGCUCUCUGUGUCAGGCGUUGCCCCCUCGCCGCGCUCCGCCUGUCAGAUGACCUCGACACUUGAUGGCUCCGGUGUCAUCAUCUAUGGAGGAUACUCUAAACUGAGACUGAAAAAGGACAUUGAGAAGGGAACUAUCCACUCUGACAUGUUUCUUCUCAAGCAAGAGGGUAAAGAUAGCCAAGAAAAGUGGACAUGGUCCAGAUUGAGCCCUUCUGGAAACAAGCCGCCUCCCCGCUCCGGCUUCUCCAUGGCGGUGGGCCCGGCAGGGCGCGCCGUGUUGUUCGGUGGGGUUUGUGAUGAGGAAGAGGAGGAAACGCUGGAAGGUGACUUCUACAAUGACCUAUACUUAUACGACGCAGUGAAGAACCGCUGGUAUCCCACUCAACUCAGGGGUAACAAGUUGGACAAGAAGAAACGUCGGCGAGGGAAGAAGGAUGAAGCCGGGGGGGAAGCAGCAGAUAAGGAGCAAGGAGAAGAUGCUCCCACAGGGCCCACUGAGGUCAUCAAGGAGAUUGUUACAGAAGACGGCACCGUGAUGACCAUCAAGGAAGUAAUCCCUGGAGCUCAGGAGGCGGAGGAGGCAAUUGAUGAGGAUGAAGAGGAGGAGGAGGAAGACGCUGAUGAUUCAGCCCUUGUGGAGCCCUGUCCACGGUCCAGCGCCAUGGCAACGGUGCGUCAGGGCAAGCUUUUUCUUUAUGGCGGGAUGUUUGAGGUGGGCAGCCGCCAGUUCACCUUGAACGACUUCUACUGUCUGGACCUCCACAAGAUGGACCAAUGGGAGGUCUUGGUUGAGAUGGAUCCAAAGACCCAAGAAUGGCUGGAAGAGUCUGAGUCAGAGGACGACGAUGAAGAAGAGGAGGCUGCAGGAGGAGCAGAGGGAGGGGAAGAAGAGGAAGAGGAGUCUGAUGAGGAACAUGAAGAUGAGCACCCAGCAGCAAAGGACGGGGAGACGCUGACAGAUUACCAGGCCCGCACCGAGCAGUACUGGAUAGGACUCGCACGCACCAACAUGGGUGUGGAUGCCAAGGACAAAAAAGUCACCAAGGUCGCCUUAGCUAUGGCUAAAGUCUUCUAUGAAGACCACUCGGAGGACGUUUGAGUGACUUUGACCACGCUUUGUAAAAUACAUUAUGCGCAUGUUAUGUUUUAUGCAAGCUGUCAUUGAACGUGGAGUGCAAAUUACUAAUCGCCAUGUUAGUUUUGACUGAAGAGUGUAAAUCUUUGACCCUCUCCAGGGAAUCAGAGCUGAUAUUAAAGACGCCCCCCCCCCCAAAAAAAGUCUAUUUAUUGACAAAGCUCUCUCUGUUACUCAUUGAACACUGUAUGUAACGUUGGUGGUAUAUCAACAGUUUAUUUCCAAAUCCAUCGCAAAGUAGUCACAUUUUAAAGUAUGUCCGGGGUUGACACCUGACCCAUCAAAUGUUGUUUUCUUUCAAAUGAUUGAACUUGAAAUUGUAUUAUUCAUCAUGGGCAGCAGGGGGCGACCUGUGCGUGCGAAAAUAUCUCCAGUGACGGGGGCAGGACCACCAUGAGGCACGUUUUGGUGGCCCUGACAGAAUAAGGCCUCGUAUAUUCAUGAUAUAUUCCGGUUAAUAUGAAUAAUUUCAUACUGAGCGAAUUAGCGUCUUUAAAAUGCGUGCAGUGCAGUAAAAUUGGUUGAUCAAUUUCAGAGGAUAUGUUUUAUAUACUGUAUUCAAAUAAAGUCACCCACAAUAAAUACGUUCCACCAUUGGGGAAAGAAUUAGUGGAACAUUUCCAAAAAGGUAUUUACUUUCCGGGUAGAAAUCUUUCCGUUGGGUGGCCACGUUGACACAUCGUCUCACUGAGAAGUGGCUACGUGCAUGAUGUCAUGCGUGUGGCCGCACUCGCACUUACCUAUACAUGCUUAUAUUCAUUGGCCUGCUUUUAAACCGCUCUGUCACCGGGAAGACAUUGUUUAUCAUACCAUCCACAGUCAGGCUUUCAUGAACUAAAAAGCAACACACAAAUACUACAAGCAGCAACAAGUCCGACUGAGUGUGAAUAUUAUCUGUCUGUAUAUGUUCCGUGAUUGACUGGCAAUCACUGCUGGGUGAAGUCAGCUGGGAUAGACUCAAGCUCCUUGCAAACCUGAUCAGGGUAAGUGGUAUAGAAAAUGGAUGGGUGGAAUGAUGGAUUGAUUUAUCUUUCUGUGGUUGUCAUUUGCGUCAGUUCAGUUCAUUGGGUAAUGGACAAUUUUAAAAUGGGUCACUAGCGAUGGCUCGUGCAAGGAAAUCUCAUCCCCAUGUGUGUUUGGAAAGAUGGCCCUUUGCUUAGCAAAUGCAUUUUUACACUUGAAUAAGUAAACUCUCCCUUGACAAUGA